CUACUGACCACAGCGUGAAAUGCAGGCUCUAGAAAGGAGACGGGAUGAGGAGAUGCUGUCAUCCGCUGCCGCUAAAUCUACAAAAUUAGAAAAACCAUGGGUUCGUUUGGGAAACGUGUCGUGCCGCUAAUCCGUUGAUGGUUGUGGCCGCUCGGAGGCGUUCAUGCGGAUGAUGGCGUCCCAGCGGUGCACGGAGCAAGCCGUGCAUGCGUUCCUGCUGGAGAAAGGAGGGAGGGUCCGACAGAUGGAGCUGAUCGAUCACUUCACAUCUCCCCGUGGCCGCGAUGGCCAGCCGAAGGACGGGGGCGAAUGGGAGGCGCUGAGAGGCGUCGUUGACAGCGUGGGGUUCGUGAAGGUGGAGGACGGAGUCAAAUUUGUGUGCUUAAACGGAGACGACGGCGAGGAGUCGGUGACGCGUGAGGACGCAAGCGGCCACGUUGAUGCGGAGUGCAACGGGAACGUCCAAGAGACGCUGGACAACAAACAAAUGAACGGCAACCCUGAUGAUGAUGACGGAGGACGAACAGGAGCAUCAACUUCCGCCGUCUUGGACAAUGACAAGCGGUCAAACGGCAACGAGCGACCUGCAGUCCAGUCCCAGAGUACGGCCGAAUCGGGCACUCCCACCGCCGCGGGGGCGGGGGAGGUGAGGAUGAGGGACAGGAGGAGGCGAGAGUCCGCUCCAGCCAUUGGGAUGCAGGACCCGGACCAGGCUCAUGCUGCUGGCUCCCACAACCACGCGGUGAGAGGGGCGCGCCGGGUGUCCAAAGGAUCGCAGCGGGCCAUGCUGAUCAGCUGCUUGUCGGAAGACAGCGCGCUGGAGGGACUGGAGUCUGUGGGGGAAAUCCAAACGCCGAAAGGAAGCCGCAGGAACUUCAUAGAGCUGAUGAUGAGUAGUUCUCCCCAGGUUCGGAGGUCCCUGAUCAACCGCGGCGCCCGCAUCCGUGACUCCGUGCGGAGCGACGGCGACUCUGCCUCCGUCCUCUCCUCGGCCACGGACGACGACGGCUCCUCCGUGGCCCUGGACCCCCUGGAGCACGAGUGGAUGCUGUGCGCCUCAGACGGCCUGUGGGAGAGCCUGCAGCCCCUGCUGGCCGUCGAGCCGAGCCUGGUGGCCAAGAGGGACUUUGUGACGGGCUUCACCUGCCUCCACUGGGCCGCGAAGCAGGGCAAGGCCGAGCUGCUGUCCCAGCUGCUGGCCUUUGCCAGGGAGAACGCUAUACCUGUGAAUGUGAACGCCAGAUCAAGUGCCGGGUACACGCCGCUGCACCUGGCUGCCAUGCAUGGACACACACAGGUGGUCCGUAUGCUGCUCUUGGACUGGGACGCGGACCCGGAAGCUCGGGAUUACAGCGGCAGGCGAGCCAUCCAGUACCUGUCCCCGCUCCUGGCGGCUGACCUGGAAAGGGAAGGGGUGGUCACCUCGCCCGGAGCCGAGUCGGAUGCCGAAAACGCCAACGGGGGCGGCAGCAGCAGCAGAACGCGAGGCUGGAGGUUCCCCAAAGUCCUCCAAGGCAACCUGAAGUCACUGCGGCUGCUGACCUCCCCGCCGCAGACGCCGGAAGAGUCUGCCGACAAGACCAAGGGGGGCUUGCAGAGGAAGUCGUCCCUGGGCCGGCUGAACGCCCGGCUGCAUCGGGGGCGCCACCGCGCCCAGAUCAUCCACAGUGCCUCCUUCAGGGACACCGGGGAGGUGGGAAGAGGAGAGGAGCUGCCCAGGAGUCCACUGAGAACCAGACCACUGUCCAACCUGUUUGGAUAAAGUUCUACCAGCAAUGCAGACAGUCUGACCUACAUGUAGGAUUUAUACGCACAUUUAAAGUCUGACAGAUCGGAUCGCAAACAUAAGUCACAGAGCAUUCUUUUGUGCAUAUUGUAGAAAUGAACAGAAAUGGAAAAAUGAUGUUCCUUUUUUUAAUAUUGGUUUAUUUUGUUCCUCAUGCAGUGGUUUCUGAUCAGCACAAAAGUGACAGUGCACAGAACAUGUAGCGUUUUAUUUCACUCUGCAAUACUCUGACUAAAAACUGUUUAAUUUUUCUUUUGUUUUCUCUUUUUUUUUUUUUUUUUUUAAGGACUGUUCAGAACCAGCUAACAAACAUUACACAAGGGCACAUUUUACACUGGAAUUACUUCCCAGCAGGGUUAAACUCACAAUGGUUGAAAAUCGAGGGAAAUAAUUAGUCCUUUGGACUGACCCCACUAUAUUCUCCAAAACUAUAUGUCUGUUUACAAAGUAAUAUAUAUGUAGGGCGGAGUUUCUACAUUCCAAACUCAUGUAACUAGAUGGUGCUCAUGUUCUCUUGUACAGUUCCCUAAUGUUUUUAACGUAGCAGAUUUUAAUAUUCAAACCGAUCAACCUUUUUACAGUCACCUUGUUUGCACUUGUCACUUUGAAGUACUAAUUGGGUGUCUUUGGGUGUUAUUUUUUUAAGGACAAGGAGAAAUAUCACAUUUUUUCUGGUUCUGAGCCUAUUAUUUCAUUCCACUAUAUGCAUAGAAAUUCAAAACUGUUUACGUAAUUUUUUUCCAGUUACUUUCACGUUAAGUUCAUUAUGGUAAUAAUAGUUCAACCAAAUAAAACGGCAAACGGAGAUUGACACUUUUUUUUUUGCUCUUACCCAGAGUCCAUGUGACUUCUACCCCUGACAAAAAUGUACCUCACAUUCACUAAAACUGCUUCCUUUUCUAGAGUUACUUUUUUAGUUGAGUGUGAAGGGUUAUUUCAGUUUUUGGGGGCUAUAAAUGGUAACCGUUGAGAGAUUAUUAUUAUUUUUGGACCUGUGCCACCACUUUUACUUCAGAAAUUAUAUAAUUUUGUUAUUGUGACACAGAUUUGCAGUUUUAUGCUGAGCAAUUUUCCUGAGUACUUCAUGUUAGAAAUCUGGUUUGUUUAGAGGAUUUCAGCUAUCCAGCUGAUAAUUGAUCCAGUUAAGAGGCUGAUCAAACUGGAGACUUCAGACUAAAGCAGAGGUCUUGUUGUCUCCUGUCUCCCAUCGGGGCAGCCUUGUUUGGUCAUUAUGCUCUUAUUUUUUUAUUUAUUUUUUUGUUUUUGGUGUAUAUUGAUGUGAGUAGCACUGAGAAGACCUCCUGAUUGGUUUCCCGGAUAUGUGAAUUACUCAGUGACACACCCCAGAUUUUCUGGAAUGUCUUUGUAUUUUGUAGCAUUUGUACUUAAAUCAUAGAACUUUGCGCAAUUAUCUUCUCAUUUUACAAAUGCGUAAGGAGUCGUCGUUUCUCCGCUGCGUGAAGUUUAAGUGCUGCUCACUUUUUUUUUUUCCACUGUGAAUAGUUGUCAAUAUUGUUGGUGAAAUACUGUGAAGUUAUUCAGUGGUGUGGGAUCAUUGUUAAACAGCCACCUUGUCUUUCUUGUUGUGUUUCCACUGGUAAAUGUGAAAUAAAGCAUUAUUUGUUUACAUGAU